AGGGCCCAUCACUUUGUGUCUCUGUUGUUUUUAACCUUGGCUUGGCUUGGCUUUGGCUUGGCCAUUAUUCAGUUAUAUAUAUAUAUAUAUAUAUAUAUAUAUAUAUGUCAACAUCGUCUUCUUCAAGCAGUAGCAGCAGCGAUGGCGGCACAGGCUCGUCUUUCCAGAGAAGGACGAGAUCAAGAAAGGGUGUUUGGCCGGAACCAUUUGUGGAGGCUCUCGCCGUUCAAGUCGCCACUGAGGCAUACCUCAACUCCGGCCGCCUUUCCGCUGCUCAAGCUCUCCUCAACAUCUUUCAAGUUUGUCCGAGAUGGAGAGCUAUUUCACGAUCGGAGCUUCUGUGGCAGAAGCUGACGCGGCGGAUCUGGAACGCUGAGAAUCUCCGCCGCGACACGUGGCGGGAGGAGUACAUUUACUGGCAUCGGACGGCUGCCAAUUUCCGGCAGCGGAGAUACGAGCACACAACCCUUCCUUUCACCGACGGCCUAUUAUGCCAGCGGCUGGCGCUCUCCGACGGGUACCUCGCCGCCGGCUUCUCCGACGGCGGCGUCUACCUCUUCCACCUCCCUAGCCGGGCCCACCUCAGCACAUUCUACCCGCUCGACCGCCAUCGCCUCGGCCGCUUCUCCAUAUCCAUCUCUGGGAUCAUUCUUUCCGAUGUCCGCCUCGUCUUCGCCACGUUGGAUGGCGACAUCCACACCGCCACAAUCAACGACGGGAUGCCUCUCCGCAGAGCGCACAUAGGUGACGUGGUUAACAACGGCGCCCUUAUCGAUUUCACUGGCAGUAACCGCUGGUGGGUCGGCCUUUAUGCAGGUUCCCCGGAACGGGCCAUCCAAAUAUGGAAUGGCGAGACGGAGGAGUUGCUAUUUGUGGGCGGAACCCUAACGGACCCGGAAGCAGUGAUGGGGUGGCAUUCCCUAUCCGACGUGACAGAACUACUCGGAAGAGUGAGGAUGACCGGCAACGAGAAGGCGGUGGCGUGCACGAGCUCGCGCAUGAUCCUCUUCGACCUACAAAACGAAGGCGAAGUCCUGCUCGAGCUAGUCCUCGGAAGAGGCAUAAUGCUAGGCUGCUUCGACGCCAACUACUAUGCGGCGCUGAUCACUGAUCAGCGCGGCAUAGGCUGCCUGCGCCUGCUGAUGGAUGCAGACGAGGUAUGCAGGUUCAGGGUGAGAGGCCCCGCCGCCCUCGGCUGCAUCAACGCAGGAUACGCCGUUAUUGUAAACAGUGGAGUGAUUAGGGUUUGGGAGAUUGAGCAUGGACAGUGUCUCUACAGUUUUAGAGAGAGAAUAGGAGGAGAUUGUAGCGCCAUUGUUGCAGAUGAAAGGCGUGUUGCAGCGGCUGCACAAGGUGGGAUUAUCCAUUUAUGGGAUUUUGGGGCUCAAUGA